AUGGAGUCAGCCGGCGUUCCGCAAAUCUCUCGAGUGGCAGUCAAGCCACCUCCAUUUUGGAAAAACAAUCCCACUCUCUGGUUUGCCCAACUCGAAGCUCAGUUCGCCAUCGCUAACGUUUCCGCCGACAUAACCAAAUAUUACUACGUUAUUUCAACNUAUUCCUUUUGGGAGAUACCACCAAAAGAAGAUGAACAAGCCAGUGAACCAGAGGAAAACAUAAAUAGCUCCAGUAGUAGAGAGGAAAGCGACAGUCAGUCAGUAGUCAGUCAGUCACUUGCCAAUCAUUCAAGUAAAGGAACAUAUCAAGAAAAAUAUGAAAUAGAUGACAUAGGAUUCAGUUUUGUUAAGAAGUGUAUAGAAGUGAUCGAAUCUCAAGGUUUGGAAGAUGAAGGUCUUUAUCGUCUCGUUGGCGUCAAUUCAAAAGUAAAUAAGCUCACUCAAAUAGCACUUGAUAAACAGAAAAUAGAAAAAAUCAACUUAAAAGAUACAAAUGAAUGGGAAAUUAAAACAAUCACUAGUGCUCUAAAAAAUUAUUUCAGGAAUCUUGCUGAACCUCUGUUAACAUUCAAAUUACACAGUGCCUUUAUAACUGCAGCAAAACAAGAUAAUAAAUUACAAAAGAUUGCAGAUAUCCAUGCACUGGUUUAUCAGUUACCAAGAAGGAACUUUAAAAUGUUAGAACUCCUCGUCAAACAUCUUUGCAGAGUAGCAAAACAUUCUGAUAAAAAUUUAAUGACGAUAUCAAAUCUUGGAGUUUGCUUUGGUCCUACAUUACUAAGACAACCAGAACAAAAUGUUGCAGCCAUGCUUGAUAUAAAAUUUGGAAAUAUUGUUGUUGAGUUCCUCAUUGAAUAUUGUGAUAAGAUAUUUGGAACAGUUCCAUUAGAACAAGAUAAUAAAAGACCACUUCCUUCUUAUGCAUCAUCUUCAGUAAACCAUUGUCAUUCUGCAAUCUUUUCGGGAGAAUUAACAGCACAAGUAGAAAGAAUUGAAAAAGAACCUUAUUGUUAUGAAGAUGCAGAAAGGAUAUCAAACAGUAUUGGAAAUAAAAUGAUGAUUUCUCAUCACAAUUUACGUACAUCCAUGUCCGGAACCUUGAUGGAAGAAAGUAGUAAUUCAAAUGCCAUUUCACAAAAACACUAUAUAGGAAACGUCCAUCCACAAAGCUUGUUCCAUCCUGACCAACCCAGAUCAUAUGCAUAUAAAGAUUAUCAAAAGGAGACUGGUGACGGUCAAUAUGGUAGUUUGCAUUCACAUAGAUAUCCUGCAUCAGUUAAAAAGAAACCUUUAAGUGUUUAUAACCCUACAUUUCAAGAUAAUUUGCAUUAUAAUAAUAGCACUGAUUCAAACAGUUCUCGAUUAUCUCCAUCCAGCACAAAUGUAGUGCCAUCUGUUUCUCAUCACUCACCUUAUGCCACACCUAAAACAAGCCCUAGAGGAAAGCAAAUAACUAAUAUUAAUUAUGAGUCUGAUUGUUUAUCAACAGUUGGAGACAGUAUUAGAAGUGCAGAUUACAGGCAUGAAAACAGAAAGGGUCCAGAUGAUUUUCAUCCUACAAAAUAUGGCCAUUUCUCAGGUUACAGAAAUUGCUUAGAUAUUGAUAGAACAAAAAGAACAAUUCAAAGUCAAACCGAUUUACCUCCACCAUCUAUCAGCACGGGGAGGAGAGUUAGAACAUUAUAUUCUUGUAUAGGAGAAAAUGAAUCUGAAUUAUGUUUCGAACCAAAUCAAGUAAUCUAUCAUGUGAGACCAUCAAAAGAGCCAGGUUGGCUUGAAGGCUACCUCAAUGGACAUAUUGGUCUUGUUCCGGAAAACUAUGUCGAAUACCUGCCAUAGAUUAAUUAUAUAUUCCUGUGUAAAUAAUUAUUGGGGUUUGGAUAUAUUUUGAAAAUACUAAAUGGUAAACUAUAUAAUGUAAAUUUAAAUAAAAAAAAAAAAAUAUAUAUAUAUAUAUAUAUUACAUUUAAAAUAUCUCUCUCCAUGAUAAGCCAUUACCAUAAGUGGUUACUGAAAAAUCAGUACAGUUUUAAAACUUUAAAUAAGAUAGUUAGUGAUAGUUUUAAAUUUUCAAACUUUAUAUUCUUAGAGUUUGAGUUAUUUUUAUGAUAGAAAGUUUUACCUUUUGUUAAAAAUUAGAUAUAAUCUAUGUAUGAGUUUGUGUAUAGAUCGUGGGUAUUUGUGAGAGUUCAUAUAUUAUAUGCAAAAGCCCAGCGAUAUAAAAGUCAAUUAUAAUUGGAUACUUUUGACUUUUAUACAGCUAGCCUUUUACAUAAUAGUAUUAUCUUAUUAUAAUACUAGCUUUUGGAUCUUAUCAUAUAUGUAU